UGCUGUGAGGAGGGUCCCAACACCGCUUCCGAGCGCCGUUUCCAUCGUCGUCACCGCCCAAUCCACGUUGCAGCCGCCUUCAAACGCGCCCGGCAAUCACCUCCAAGAUGCCUGGCGCAAGCGUGGCAGUCGUGCCGUCCUCGGCAGCGUCAACUCCGACACCGCGGAAGGCCUCGCUCGCCCCAGAGAGGAAGUACAAGUGCCAGUUCUGUAAUCGGGCCUUCAGCAGGAGCGAGCACAGGAGCAGACAUGAGCGAUCCCACACCAAGGAGCGGCCGUUCAAGUGCAUGAAAUGCCGCAGCACGUUUGUGCGGCGCGAUCUGCUCCUCCGCCAUGACCGUACUGUCCAUGCCAAAGAUGGAGGCGUCCCUCUCCACAGCGACGGCAAGCGCCGUGGCGGACCCAAGACUGCUCGGCCCGUCGGCGGCCCCUCCAAGCCUGCGAUUGCCAUCGACGCCUCGGCUCUCGAGCAGCUCGAAGCCAGUGCCGACGGCAUACUCGAUGUGGAACAUGCUGCCAUGGUCAUCACCGGCUUCCAGCACAAGACGGCCGCGGCGGCCGGAGCUCACGGUGGCCACUUCGACGGCAGCUCCGGUAUGGGGUUCUCGCAGGACGGGUCGACGAUGAUGAAGCCGUCGAUGACGUUUCCCAACGGUGCGAUCGGUCUGCCGCAGUGGGAUGGCUUCAUUGGCCAGUCAGAAGCCAAGGCGCACUCGAUCAGCCCGGCUGCUUCGACCCCGCUCGAUGCUCAGAAUCCGAGUCAGCUGUCUCCGCUCGCUGCGCAAGCCGCCAAUGUCGCUCCAUCGGGUCUGCAGGCCAUGAUCAAUUCGCUGCCCGCUUCGGCCGCUGGCACCCCCACUCCUCAGUCGCCGUUCCCGCAGCAGCGUGCGCAUACCCCGGCUGACAGCUCUCAGCCCGCACCGGGGUUCAAGGCCCCUCAGGUCAGCAACGACGAAGAGCGGAACAUGAUCUUGGACAAUAUCCGCAGCCAUGACAGCGAACAUGCGAUCCCGGAGGGCUUCCGGGUCCCUAACCUGCCCUCCCUGAAUCGCUACCUCGCCACGUACUUUGGCCUGUUCCACCAUCACCUGCCGUUCUUGCAUCCGGCUUCGUUUGAGCCGACUCGCGUGUCGCCGCCGCUGCUCCUGGCUGUCCUCUCCAUUGGCGCUCUGUACGCCUUCGACCAGGAGCACGCGUACAUGCUGCACAUUGGGUCCAAGGUGCUCGUCAACCAGUUCCUGCAGAACAAGGAGAACUUCAGCUCUCGGAAGUGCCCGCUGUGGACGAUGCAGAGCUCGCUGCUCAACAUGAUCUUCGCCAGCUGGAGCGGCGACCCCAAGGGCCUCGAAUGGGCGUGCUCGAUCAAGAGCCUGCUUGCCAACAUGGUUGCCGGGAAUCGGUACGAGUUGAAGCUCCGGCAGGAAGCUCGUGAGGGCCGCACUCCGACCCGCGCGGAGUGGAUCGAAGAUGAAGGUUGCCGCCGUACAUAUUACGCCGUCUACAUCUUCUUUGGUCUCCUGACCCUCACGUACAACCACACGCCGGCCAUGAGCUUCAACGAGUUUGAGGAUCUCCAGCUGCCGUCCACAGAGGCUCUGUGGAACAUGAAGGUCUCGGAGGAGGCCUGGCAAGACCACCUCAGGGUCUCGCCAAUGGUCACUUUCAUGGAGGCUCACGACAACCUCUUCCAGGGGGAAACGCUCAAGUACAGCGCCUUUGCUACGCGCGUCAUGAUCAACGCGCUCUUCCUCGAGGUCUGGUACCACAAGCGUAGCCCCGAGGCCCUCCAGGAUGUGGUGACCGAGUACAAGCUGCGGCUCGCGCUCGAGACGUGGGAGAAGUCCCUGGAUCUCUGCGAACCCGAGGCGUUCUCGGUGCCGCUGAGCGCGCCUCACAAGGGCCAUCCGCUGAUCUUUAACGCCAAGGCCAUGUUCCGCAACGCGCGUGCUCGGCUGGAAGUGGACCUUAAGACGGUGCAGGAGGCGCUCAGGUACCACGACUCGUACGAGGUGGCGGCGGCCAUGUCCAACGCGAGGGACCGCGUGAAGCGCUCGAGCGAGAUGCUCAAGGUCAUUCAGGAAUGCUACAACUGCAUCGAGACGGCGGUCCUCCAGGGCGUCCGCUGGGUGGCUCGCACGUCGCCGACGAACUGGAGCAUCGAGCAUCCGCUGUGCGGCAUGGACCUCAUGAUCAUUCUCAGCCUGUGGCUGUAUCGUCUGGAACAUGACGAGGAGAGCUUGACUGAGGAGGAGGAGGCCAUGUACAAGCGUGUCCGCGCGCUGUUUGACAAGGAUCUCGAGGACGCCUAUGUCACUCACCUGAGCUCUGUCGUCGCCCGUCUCUGGGGCUCGAUGUUGGACGAGGUGGUCGUCUGGGGCAUCACCCGUUUGAUGGGCGAGUCGUUCCGCCUCCACUCGCAGGCUCUCGUGGGCUACGUGGACGAUAUUGCUGCUUCCUCCAGCGUCUCGACGCCGUCCAUGACCUCUCAAGGCGCGGACGAGGACAGCGUGUAUUAAAAUUAUGACGUCGAUGAUUUCCUUUGUUGGUUGUCUGAGUACGGACGGGGGAGUCUUCCAUGGGCAUAUACCUCUCUGCGUUUGCUUCCUUUUUCUCAUCUCCUUGCGUUUUUCCCUUAUUUCCUUGCGGU